AUGUCAGCUGCACAACUAGAGGUAUUCAAAGUUGGACCUAGACCUAACAAGAUGCAGCAACUCAAGCUUAUUCAACGAUUCACUGAAGCUGAUGUAAAGGCAGCAUUGGAGAGUAUUGGGGACUCUAAGGUCCCAGGAGAGGAUGGCAUUAAGAAAAUGUAUCAAAAACUAAAGGUGGAGUACAAUAAGGUAUCCUGGAGAAGAUUGACUUGCAACAAUCUUGGUAGUCCUAAAUGGGUAUUUGCAUUAUAUGUGGCUAUUCAUAAAGGACUUUACACCAAGGACAUACUGAGUAACUGGGGAAUAAUUGAAGAUGAUGUUUGUUCGUUAUGCAAGACAGAAGUUGAAACAUAUCAGCACUUGUUUUUCACAUGUAGCUUCUCAAAACAAAUAUGGAAAAAGAUGCUCAAUUGGCUACUCAUUACAAGGGGUUGUGAAGGCUGGAAUGAAGAACCAGAAUGGGCCACAAGGCAUGCUACAAGGAAAUCUAUUAUGACAGAUGUUUACAAGAUGACACUGGCAGCAACAAUAUACCAUAUAUGGCAGGAGAGGCAUCUCAGAAUUUUUCAACACAAGGAGAGGGCGACAUGCAUGAUCAGUAGAUUAAUUACACAAGAUAUUCAUCAUAGAGCUAGCAUGAUACCUAGACUAAUAGGAUAUAUGUAG